AUGCCUAGGCUCACAUCAUACUCUACCAAGAUGCAUCUCAAGGCCCCUGAACAUCAGGUUGCAGGACACAUUGCUAAAGACGGGAAGCCCGGUCCCCUUGUCGACGACAAAGGCAGGUUCUUCAAGCCACUACAGGGAGAUUCUCGUGGUGAAAUCGAGGUGAAGUUCUACGAGUCUUUCUCGUCGAACACAGAGGUUCCAGAUCACAUCCGUAGAUAUUUCCCCGCGUAUCACGGCACUCAAGCAGUUGAAGGUUCUGAUGGAGCAGCCAUGAUCGUGCUGGAGAAUAUUCUUUCCAAGUACACGAAGCCAUCGGUAAUGGAUGUUAAGAUGGGUUCAAGAACAUGGUACCCUGAAGCAUCCGAAGAAUACAUCCAAAAAUGCUUGAGGAAAGACACAGGGACCACCACCGUGUCGUCUGGUUUCAGGAUCUCUGGUUUCGAGGUGUUUGAUCACAAGGAACUGAGUUUCUGGAAGCCCAACAGGAAGCUUCUCAACGGGAUCAAAGUCGAUGGCGUGAGGUUGGUUCUGCGGAAGUUUGUAUCGUCGAACACACUCUCUGACACCAGUUCUAAACCCGACUCUGCUUUUGCGUCCCGCGUUUACGGCGGUUCCAACGGGAUCUUAACGCAGCUGUUGGAGCUCAAGACCUGGUUCGAGAACCAAACGUUCUACCAUUUCAACUCUUGCUCGAUUCUUAUGGUGUAUGACAAUGAUUCCAUCUUAAAUGGAGACGAUGAUGCUCGAGCACAAGUCAAGCUUGUGGAUUUCGCUCAUUCGUUUCUGAAUCUCGCCAAUCUACACGCCAUUUCUUCUCCGGCGGAUUCUCUCACUGAUCGGAUCGGUUUGUGUUAUAUCGUGAAAGAUCGGAUUUCCAGAUUCGAUCAGUUAAAAAUCGCCUACACUCCCAGUGGAAACUUCUGUCUUCGCGACUUCCAUCAUGCUGUUAACAGCUUGCCUUUGGAUGCGUUUGUACCGGAGAUCGAUGAAUCGGGAGCCAUAUCUUGCAGAGAUCUUAAGCUAUCAAGUGUUCUGUGUGAUCGAGCUAUAUACUCAUGGGGAGGUAGAGACAUCAUGAGGAAAGUUAUCGUUCUGAGUUCAUUCUUCCCUGAGGAUAUGGAUUCUGAAGCGAAGAACACUCUUAUGGCUGCAGCAGAUAAAUGUGUGUCCGUUGAGUUUCUUUUGCUUGAGAAGAGAGCAAGCCAUGUGAGCUAUACGCAGGAGAAGAUUAAUAGAUUCCUCAGAUGUCUGUCGGAUCUUGACAAUUGUUCAUUUCAAACCUGCAUCCAUGAUGAAAAAUCACUGCAUGGCCUUGAAAAGAGAUGGCUUCAGGAUCUCAAGGAUGACACUGGAGAAUCACUUCAGGCCCAAUUUGUCUUCAAACGCAACCUUGUUAGCUCAGUGAACAAGAUCUUCUGCAAUAUCACUGCAGCCGUAAAUCAGAUUGUCGACGGGUUUAGCCCUUGCCGAACCUGCAGGUGCCACGGCAUUCCAUUACGAGAUUCAGUGGAAACCACUACAGAGAAGCUGCAAUGCUCUGUAACCAAUCAUGAUCUUGGAAAGUAUGAUGUGAUUGAAAAUUCUGUGAAAGUUGGUGAGAGAACUGUUCUGUUUUUGCCUUCAGUCCAUAGCCUCCAGAAACUUCAUCCAAUUUCUUCCCAAAUUGAAUUCACUGUCAUUGAGAGGACUAAUCUAACUUCUGUCAAUGAAGAGAACUUGAUUCAAGUUUACUUUGACGUAGGGCUAAUACUUGGGAGGCCUUACACCGUAAGCCCUUCAACUUGCCAUGAAACGGAAGCUUCUUCAGAAGAAAUGGAUCAGCCAGAUCUGAACACUCAGACUAGAAAUGCAGUUUUCCAGGGACUAUGUGGUGCACUAUAUUCAAUGGACGAAGGGUUGGUUUGUUCUUCAAAUUGUAAUCUAGACACCAUGACAGUCGUGGAAUUUCAUUGUUUUUACAUUCUUCAACCGUCAGGAAACGGUCCAAUGCUUCUGAGGAGAUUGGCAGGAUCAGAGGAAGUCCUGCCUAUUUCCUCCAGUGUCAGUCAGUUUGCCGAGUCCUCUAUUCCUAGAGAAAUCGAGAUUUCUGUCAAAGGCGCUUUGUUAGAGAUUGAAUCAACAGACUACAAUCCCUUGACCCACAACAGAGGAUUCCACCAAAAACUGAACCUCAUUGUGAAACAAAGUCUUCAAUUUGGCUCAUUACAUUCAAACACGAAAGACGCAACAUGUGAACUGAGCUCGGCAGUUUCAGAUUCUGUGAUUCAAACGGCAGAGGCAUUUCCAAACAUUAUAAACCCAUCCGUAGAAGAAGAAAAACUUCAGGCAAUCCAGAUAAUUGAUGAAGAAGACAGAGCAACAGCUUCCAUUACUAAAGAAUGGGAACAACUAAUAGUCACUGAGGUUCUCAUGGAGUCUUCUUCUCCGGCUUUAACUACACCCAAACCAAAUAUAAACCGCCAAUUUCUAUCGCCUAACAACAAGCAGGCCGAUACAAAAACAUCGAUGAUAUUGGAAAGACUUGAAGCUCCGAGGAAGAUGACAGGAAGAGUUGGAUCACCAAGUGUAGUGGCCAUGGGUAGUCCAACCUCACCGGAGGUCUCUGUCUUGUCUCAGAAGAAGCCUCUGAUUCCUUUUCAGUCAAGUCAAGUUUCUAACCACCAAAAUGUUUCAUCAAGCCAGCUCAUGAAACCUAGCUUUCAGAGGCUCAAAAGAAAGCAUAAGAGAGGAAGAACACGUGUUAAUAUUCCAUCUCGAAGAGACUUGAAGUUCGGAGAAAAGAAACUCACCGACUCUAGUCUUGGGAUGCUUCACAGCGAUCCUUUUGUAAACGCUUCUCCAGUUCGGCCUAGCGAAAUGGGACAUGACACACCUUGCAUCUCCUUCCUCGUAGACGCUGGUGCAGUAGUUAUGCAGCUCAAUGACCUUGUUGCGGUCUGUUAUGGCCACUUCGUCCAUCACGUUCUUGAACCAGUCAAAAGACCCUUGCUCUCUUGUGACCCAGUAGAAAACCCUGAUGUGGACACUGAGGUAUUCAUCUCCUGGAGCCGAGGUCUUGAUGAGGUAGACAUAGUAUCCGUGCACAACGAGCAGCGAGUAGACGAUAACAAACAAGUGGUGAGAGUACCAGAAGGCGUUAAAGCCGGUUAUCUUCUUCAGUGGUCCAGGAAGAUUGAGCUUAUUGCGUCUGAACCAUGGCGUAGCCAAUGUGAAGGCUAUAGUCAUUAG